GAAUCUGGGGUGCGUUCAGAAACCAAAUCGCGAGGGUUACCUUAAGUGUAAUCUGGUGUAAUGGUGUAAUCUGUAUAAGGUUGUCUGACAGAAUCAUUUAAUUACUUCCAGGCAGUCAAGUGAAUUCAAUCAUCUCACAUUGAUUACUCAAUAUCCUUACAAUAAGCGAAGAGAGAAAUAGACACAACUACCUAGAAGAAUAAAUUAAUUUCUUCCAGGCAGUUGAGAAUCAAAGAUGCAGAAGUUAAGAAAGAACAAGAAAAAAAUUAUGUCCAAUUAUGAAAUUCACCAUCGCAAAUUAUAAGGUAACUAUUUCUGAACUCACCCCUGCUGGACUAAGCUUGUUGUCGAAGCGAGUAUACCGUCGAUAUCUGUCAUACAUGUCAACUGUCAAUUAUCCACUCUCUCGACAACUGUCGUUCUUGUCAGCCACAACCCGACGUCAUGACCCCCACGUCAUGUUGCGGUGCUACAGACUUAAUCUAAUAUAAUUAUAGAGGGUUAAGUGCUUUCAAAGGCAUUUAGUGCUGGUUUAAAUAAUUAAUUAUUUCACUAUCCCGUGUAAACAACUGAAAAAAGCUUUAACUAAUACUGUUAUUUACAAAGACAAACACGAUCAGAUAAACGAAAACAUUAUUAAAAGUAUGGAAACUUCAAAGAGCCAUUUCCAGGACAGUAUGCGAUCGAGAUCCUGGCUGACAUGAACUGUUGUAUUGUGUUUCGUUUAUUUUUUAGCAGCUUGUGCGUUACUACUUUGGGGAAGGUCAUUGUUAGUCCUGUAGGCGACCCUAAUGACAAGUUGAUCCAGGAAUUUUAUAAAACGUCCUUCCAGGCAACGCCCUGGGUAACCGUGGUGCGUUUGUUGGAGAAAAACGACCAAACGCCUUGGGAGUUGGACGACAUCGUCCAGGACCUUUCCAGCCAUGUAAUGGAAAAGAAGAUCACGAUUAAAACAAGGAUUGUCAAAUUUCAUCGAAAUAUCAGCUCAGAAGGACCAGGAUGCAGCUCGGAUGCUUCUCCUAAAUUAAUAAAAACAAGAUCAGAAAAUCGAUGUUUUUUCAAGGAAGAAUUGUCCUUUAGGAGAAACUCGGCUUACGUCAUUAUUUGCAAGCAACCUCAGGUAUUGCUUCACCAAAUCCACUUAAACAAAGUGAUUUUCAGACCAAGAAAAACAAACAUGGUGAUAUUCUCUUCAAAGAACCCCAACAUGACGUGUCUUCGCCAUUAUCUGAGAUUAACCUGGACCAAAUUUCAGAUUCCAUACGUGAUAGCGCUUAUCCACGACUCCAUAUUUAUCUACAACCCGUUUGAACCGACUCUAUGUGGAUAUGGUCAACUGGAGCAAUAUCUCUUGAAAGACAUCGUGAAUGAUCCAACCCUUCUACCGGACGGUGUGACAAACCUCAAGGGAUACCCCCUGAACAUUUCAAUAUUCGACAGCUAUCCCUCGGCCUUCUACCAGCUGCCAAAGAUGCUACAAGACUCUCAGAUUUACAAACGACUUCCCAGACCUAACGGUACCAUCUUGGGUGGCAUUGAUGGCGUCACCAUAACCACCCUCUCGCAACUGAUGAAUUUUUCAAUGAAUAUUUGCAAGCAUCCAUAUUGCAACUACUACGGAAUGCUUCUGGAAAACAAAACAGUAAUCGGCAGCCUCAAGAUGGUCAUCGAUAGAAAGGUCGAUAUUCAGGCUAACGCCAGAUACAUAACUGACUAUCACGUGCAAGGUUUUGAAUUUGCCGGACCUUACAUGAGCGAUAACGUAUGCCUAAUCGUUCCCAGGCCGACCGUAAUGCCUAUGUGGUUGAAACUCGCACUACUUUUCGAUUUUCGGAUCAGUUUGUUCUUCCUGGUAGUGAUCGUUUUCGUGGUACUAAUCAACAAACUUAUCCACAAAGAAUUUUCCACGGGAGAUUCACUUAUGGAAGUCUUCUGCAUCUUAUUGGGUCAAUCAAGGAAAAGCACCUUACACUACCGACAGCAAUCAGCUAGACUCCUCUUAGGAAGCCUGAUGCUCUUUUCCAUGAUAGUUUCCAGCAUAAAUUUGGCCACCUUAUACAUGUAUUUACGACAAAAGACUUAUAUAGCACCGAUCAACACUCUGGAAGAAUUAUACAAGAGCGGCAUGCAGAUUAAAUCGGACUAUGACCCUUUCGAGGGAAGCACCCUGGAACUCUACCAAAACCUUUCCAAGAAACUGACACUUCUUCCAGAAAACAGGUCCAUUUCAUUCGAGUAUACAGUCAGCGGACAAGGAGCGGGGGUGCAACGACUUCUGCAUACGAAGUUCUUCACAGGCAUCCAGUAUAUUGAUUCCGAGGAUGAGCCGUUGAUCCACGUCGUACCUGAGUGUCCGCGGUUUUACUGGCUCACGUACAUUGUACCAUCGGGGUCACCCUUUUUGAAAACCAUUAACCAUUAUCUGGUGAUCUUCAGCGAACACGGUUUAUACAAGAAGUGGUACCGGGAUUUCGAUGUGGCCCUACAGGUGGAGGCCCAGUACAAGAUAAAGAGGAGGCCUCACCACGCGAGAAAUCCCACCAGUAUGAAGGACAUCCUUUACGCCUUCUGGUUGUUGGGAUUCGGAUUGGGUCUUGCUUCCGUAGUGUUCUUUUAUGAGAUUUUUUAUGUCAAACUUAGUCAUAAGUAGAUAAUGCAUAGAAAUGUUUACGAAUCAUUAAAGAUACACAAGCUCA